CCGCCCCUAUACGCUUGCUUUUAGGUACUUGGUGGCUCUCGUCAAAACAUAUUUUAUUGUUUCUCCACACGAUUCAAGUUGCAAGAUGCCUUUAAAUGUUCUCCGUGGAAUGCCGUUACCCUGGCGAGCGCUGGACAGCAAUCUUCAGGGUGCAUUCGACUUAGAUGUUCGGAAGAAUGAUGUGUUCGUCAUUUCCUACCCCAAAUCAGGUACAACAUGGUUAAGGAAUAUCAUCAGUUACAUGCUGGGAUGCCCUGAGGAACAAACCAAUAUUGGUCUGCCGUUGGAACUGAGCAUGUGCAGUGGCGCGUCAGAGGAGGAGUUACAAACAGCGCCCCCAGUGUACAAGCUGAUCGAAUCUUGGCUUUCUCCGAGGGUGAUCAUGACCCAUCUGCUACCCCAUCUACUGCCUGCUCAGCUCUUUCAGAAAAAUGCCAAGGUUUUAUACAUUGCUCGCAACCCUAAGGAUAUAGCGGUGUCGUACUUUCAUUUCUUCGAAGCACUGAAGGCGCCAGACCCUUGUCCUUCCUGGGAGCAGUUUGUUCCACUCUUCAUGAAGGGAGAAGUUCCAUUCGGAUCCUACUUCACCCAUGUUAAGCAAUACUGGGAGAUGAAACACCACAACAACUUCCUGUUUCUCAAGUAUGAAGAUCUGAAAAAGGAAGAACAAGCUGUCAUCAAACAAGUGGGAGCAUUUCUUGGCAAAGAACUAGACAUCCAAGACAUCUCAUCUAUCUCGAGCAAAUGUUCACUUGAGAGCAUGCGCAAAAGGUUCAGUGAAAACACCCAGGCAAUGUCCAAGAUCAUUGACGAAACAAAAACGCAGUUCGUGAGAAAAGGGAAAGUUGGCGACUGGCGGGAAUAUCUGACGGCAGAGCAGAGUCAACGUUUCGAUCAACUGUAUGAGGAACAUCUUGGCAAUACUGGCCUGACAUUGGAAUGUUAAUUAACGUCCUACAUAGCAGUGUUGUAGGACUCGAGUCCAGGACAUCGGACUCGAGUCACAUUUUUCAUGACUCGGACUCGACUCGAGUCACGUUGUAAAAUGACUCGGACUCGACCAUGAUGACUCGGACUCGAGCUUGGUGACUCGAGACUCGAGUCACGAUUUUCAUUAAAAGAAAAAACCCACAACGUUACGUUUUCAGGGGCCGCCGGCGCACGCACGCCCUGCGCCUGCAUGCACGACGAGCACCCCGCAGGCCCGGUGUCAUGCCAAAAAGAUUCCGGUAUCAUGGAGGAGGUUUAUUUUAAGGAUUGGAAUUAAAAGGAAAACACAUUUUGGGUCUAAACAACAUCUACUAGCACGUUUGUGUAUGGUUUAAAUCGAGGAUUUUCUUUUACGGUUCCUCUUCCCUUUUCCUUUGUUUGUACUCUUUCGCAACAGC